UCAGUCCUCAGUGUAGGUGAUUUCUACCAGUUGCGCCCCGUCGGCAAAGCCAAACCGCUCUGCGUGUAUGAGGAAACUGAGCCAGACUUUUGGAGGGAAAAUUUUACUAUGAUAACAUUGACAGAAAUCAUGCGCCAAAAAGAGGAUCUUGCCUUUGCAGAGCUUUUGAAUAGGAUUAGAGUGAAGCAAAAAACUGAACCUUUCAGUGACACUGACAAAACUCUACUUGCCCGCGCCAUCACCACAUCCGAAGCCUGCCCAGCUGAUGUUAUUUAUAUAUUCCCAACCAAUAAAGAAGUUGACCGCCACAACAGUAAGACAGUUUGUGCCCUUCAUAAAGAAAUUAUAACCAUUGAUGCGGAAGACUAUCUCAAAGACGCACGAACAGGGCAGAUGAAAAGGCUCGCAGCUCCCACCAACAGUAAACAGGGAGAAUUACUUACAACUCUAGAAGCAGCUGAGGGAGCACGCAUCAUGAUUACUAGAAACCUUGAUGUAGAAGAUGGUAUUGUCAAUGGCACAUUUGGAAAAAUAGAAAAAAUAGUCACUGAAACCAAAGAUGGGCACACCAGAGUACAAAAGCUAGGACUUAGACUGGAUAAUCCUAAGGCAGGUCAGAAACAGCGCCAGAUCCUGCAGGGUACACCAGAUAGCUUGUUUUACAUGGACAGAUUGCAGGAAAGUUUGAGCAAAAAAGGUGUAGUUCGCCAUCAGUUCCCUGUUAAAUUGGCUUUCGCAUGUACAAGCCAUAAAGUACAAGGCAUGACGGUACAAUCUGCGGUUGUAUCACUUAAACAUGUAUUUGAAGCAGGGAUGGCAUACGUCUCUUUAAGUAGGACAACCUCUCUAGAUGGAUUGUACAUAACAGAUUUUGAUGAAAACAAAAUUUAUGCUGAUGGUGACAUUGCUGUCGCAAUGCAAUCCAUGAAGACAACUUCCCUAACAGGUAUUAUGCCACUUUUAAAACAUGUACGUGAAGCAGACCUUGUUCAAAUGUUUAAAAUAGUGCACCACAACACAGAAGGUUUAAUCUCUCACAUCAAUGACAUUAAACGGCAUCACGAAUUGAGACUUGCAGAUGUUUUAUGUCUAACUGAAACACAUCUGUCAGACUCAAUUCCAUUCGACAGUUUAGCAUUAGACGGGUACAGACUGUAUUUAUGCAACAGACAGCACUGUUACAUGCAUUUUCCUGACUUGGCUAGAAAACAAGGUGGGGGAGUUGCAAUUUACUGCAAAUUCCAUGUUAGCGCAGAGGUAUAUGACUCUGUACCGCAUGUCACCGACCUUGAGUUUUUAGCUAUCAAAAUUAAAGCACCAGUGAAUUUAGUGAUAACAGCUAUAUAUAGACCUCCAACUUAUAGUCUCAAACAUUUCAUGCCAAACCUGCAAAACCUCCUAGAUUAUUUGCAGGUUAACUGUCCACACCCAAUCAUUGUUUGUGGAGACUUUAACGAAAAUUUAUUAGAUAAUGUAAAUAAACCUAUUUUAGAGAUGUUUGUGUCAAGGGGUUAUACACAGCUUAUCACUGAUGCCACUACAGAAAAAAAUACACUUCUGGAUCACAUUUAUGUUUCUCAGCCAAAUGUCUGCUUCACAUCAGGUGUACUGCAAACGUAUUACAGCUACCAUAACCCUGUGUAUUGUAUAGUUUAGGCACAUUACAAUUUCCACUUUGCGCAAUAACUCCUAAUGUUCAGUUUCUGACUUGCUGCGCGGGCUGUUCUAUGCAAUAUUUUUAUGGAGGUAUGGUUUCUUCAGACCCAGGGUGUGUGGCCCAGUACCAAGAGACACCCCUGGGACAACGUAACAAAGGAGCAAGAGCUCCACUGAGGCCUUGUUAAUUGUGUGGCACAGAGUUCAGUUGGUCCUGUGCAUGGUCAUAGCGAGUCACCGUUGUUCAGUCCCCAGUUAGGUGUAAGAGCGCGUUCCCUUUGGAACUCGUUUAGGGGGGAUGUUAGUGUGGCGUGAACGUGGUUAGAGCAGUUGUCUCAGGAGCACAUCCAGAGCUGCAGGUGGGUCGCCAGUUUAUGGUUGCUUAACCGAGCUCUCGGGCUACAGUGCAUAAAUACCUGCCGCAAGUAACGCCUGAAGACUAGGGAGGAGCUUAGUUAGAUUUUGGUUAGGCAGUUAGGGGGACAGGACUUCAAUGACAUUUUGGCUGUGUAUUUGGACUUAUUGAGCAUGUUUUUGUAACUAUGCAAAUGUGAUUUGUGUGUGUAAAUCUUUGUGUUGCUCUUUUGCUGAAAAAACAAGGUUUGGAUUCAUCAGGCCCAGGGAGUGUGGCCCAGUACCGGGAGACAGCCCUGGGAUGAGGAAAGUUACUUACUUCCUAUUUGGGUAAUAAUCCCCCUUCCCUACCCCCCAGCCACUACAUUGGAAGAGCGUCGUGUAGGGAAAGAGAGU